AUGGUUAUCUUUGGAAUUUCGAUUUAUACACGGGUAAAAGAGGUGACUGUCGAAACAAAUCUUGAGGGACGAGUAGUCAAAAAUUUAACAAAUCCAUUACAUCAUAAAAACCAUAACUUGUACAUUGAUAAAUUUUUUAAAAGUGUACCACUUUUGGCAUACCUGAAAUCAAAACGUAUUUUUUGCUGUGGAACUGUUAAAAGUACUAGAAAAUAUUUGCCAAAGUUAGAGUUAGAUAAAAACAUGAUCAUGGGUGACAUUGACUGGAACAUGAGCAAUGUGAUAUUACAUUUCAAUUGUCAAAUGGAAAGACAAACGAGGAGUCACUUUGCUGUCCAACUUUCAUAA